AUGUCGGAAAAGCAAAGAUCCAUCACAUACACCGACCUCGAGGAGCUGCUCCGCAAUGACAACAAGGUCAAGCUAGGCGGCGUCGACGUCGACGGCAUCGUGCGCGGCAAGUACGUCUCCAAGAGCAAGUUCCUCUCGGCGGCCAAGCCCGACUCGGACUUUGGCUUCUGCUCGGUCAUCUUUGGCUGGGACAUGCACGACCAGGUCUACUCCAAGGAGCUGCUCGUCUCCAACAAGGCCAACGGCUACCGCGACCUCUCGGCGCGCAUCGACCUCGACUCGUACCGUCGCAUCCCGUGGGAGGACAACCUGCCGUUCUUCCUCAUCCGCUUCUUCAACCCGGACGGCUCGCCGCUCGCCGUGUGUCCGCGCAGCCUGCUGCGCUCCGUCACCCAGACCGCCCAGCGCGAUCUCGGGCUGGUCUGCAUGGCCGGCGCCGAGUUUGAGUACUUUCAGUUUGCAGAGACCGCGCAGAGCCUCGAGGCCAAGGGGUUCGUCAACCUCACGGCGCUCACGCCGGGCAACCACGGCUACUCGAUGCUGCGCACCACGCUCAACAAGGACUACUUUCUCGAGCUCUUUGACGCCGCACAGGCGUUUGGCAUCGACAUUGAGGGACACCACACCGAGACGGGCCCGGGCGUGUACGAGACCGCACUCGCCUACACCGAGGUGACGCGCAUGGCCGACAUGGCGGUGCUCUACAAGCUGCUCGCCAAGUCGGUCGGCAUCAAGCACGGCAUCAUGCCCACGUUCAUGGCCAAACCCUGGGCCAACCUGGCCGGCUGCUCGGGCCACAUCCAUGUGUCGCUGCGCGAUCCGACGACGGGCAAGAACGUGUUUGGGCUGAGCGCCGACGAGAUCGCUGCGGGAGGGCGCAAGGAUGCGCCGUACGACGAUGUGCGCUAUCUGUCGGUGGUGGGCGAGCAGUUUUUGGCGGGCAUCAUGACGGGCUUGCCCGACAUUAUGCCUCUGCUGUGUCCGACGGUCAACUCGUACAAGCGUCUGACGACGGGCGAGGCGUACUGGGCGCCCAACAUCUGUUCGUACGGCUACGACUCUCGUCUCGUCUCGGUGCGCAUUCUGGGCCCACCGGAUGCACCCGAUUACGCCACGCGCUUUGAGGUGCGCGUUCCCGGUGCCGACCUGAAUGCGCAGUACGCCUUCGCCGCCGUGUUUGCACUGGGCAUGUACGGCAUCCAGCACAAGCUGGCGCUUCCCUUUGCACCGCUCGAUACGACGCGCAGCCUCAAGGAUCAGCAUCUGGUGUACCUGCCUACGUCGCUCGAGGCGGCAACCGCCAAGUUCAUGGCCAAGGACAGUUUGGCUCGCAAGGUGCUCGGCGAUACGCUCGUGGACCAUUUCGGCGGCACGCGAUUGCACGAGGUGCAGCUCUUUAACCAGACCGUCACCAACUGGGAGAUGCAACGAUACAUGGAGCUCGUCUAG